AUGGCAGCGACAAUCAUCAUGCAUUAUUCUCAUUCACAAGACCAUGUUUCAGUGCUCCCAGUGCUCGAAAUCCUAUCAGAGGAAGACGCACCUGCUCCGUCACCAGACAACCCAUACCAGUCAACUUUCUUCCAGCUGUCCAUUCUGCAAGAAAUCCUUCCAGAAACCUGCACAUUGGCCGACCAAGGGAUACAAAUCCAAGAAGUAUCACCUUCGGCAAUAGUGUUGUCCCCCCCCGUUGUAGGCAAUCCACGCAACUUGCCAAAGGGGGAUGGGCUGUUUUCUUUCCUUCGCCACUUUGCCAGUCCUUCUGUAAAGAUCGAUAGGCUUGCAAUUGGGGAGACGGCCAAUCUCUCGAUUCGCAGGAAUCUUGAAGCACUCCAUUCUCAUCUCGAAGACGCCCUCAUACCGACGAAUGCGAUGUCAGGCUUCAUGGUGGAUCCGCGGAUAGCCGAAUUCUCCAUGCGGCUGACAUCUUCCACUGAUUAUCUUCUUUCAGAGUAUCCAAAUGAAGCACUGUUUCCAUCCAAACUCUCCAAUCAACUAAUGGAAUUGAUGGAGGAACUAGUUGAAGCCUCUCGAUCAAUGAGCGACGGAGAGACACAGCAACCAUUAGAUAUGACUGAUCUUGCUACAAUGCUUGGAGCGUCGAACAUCUCUAAUUUCAUUUCAGCUUUCUUCCAAUCUCUUCACUGGCAUUUACCAGUUGUCCACUUCCCAACAUUUGACCCCGGAAACGUUUCCAGUCCGUUGCUGCUCGCAAUUUCUCUAGCCGGUGCAGCCUAUUCUCUUCCGCUGGACGGAGCAUCGUUUUCGCCUUGGAUUCUUGAUGUUGCAGAGGAGUAUAUUUUCAGAAAAAUAUCGAAUUUGUCUGCAAACUCCUCUCCUACCGAUCCUUGUCAUUUAAUACCAACCGUGCAGCUUAUCCAAAGUGCUUUGAUCAUGGAAAUGCUUCAAUUUGGGCGAGAUGAUAUGCAAGUUAGACGCCGGAUUCGGAUCACCCGACAUCCUUGUCUUGUUUCGACCAUCCGGUCCUUUGGAAUUUUCAAGCUGAAAAGACGGACGGCUCCCAAAGAAUGUGACGAAUGGACUUGGAAAGUUUUGGUCGCGGAAGAGAUGUGUAUAAGGUACGCUAUUCUGACCCUCCCUGGCCUGACAUCAUCGCUUUUGGAUGGUUUUCUUACGGUAUGCUUCAAGAAUCACCCUGCCUUAUCGGUGUUCGAGAUGGAUUGUGACUUUCCCUGGAGUUCUGAGCUAUGGGAAGCCGAGGAUGCUGCAUCCUUCAGUCAUAUUGCUGCGGCGCGUUUGAACCAGCCUGCCCUGCCGUCUUUGAAGAAGGUGAUUGAACAGCUGCUUGAAACUCCGAAGACAGCUGCUUCAAUGUCAUGGAGCACGUCUCUCUCACCGGAGCAUCUCCUGAUCUUGAUUUAUGCCAUGAGCUCACUCGCGUUCCAAGCAAGGUCCGGGCUGUUCAAAUAUUUAUCGUUGGAAACAAUCAGUCAAGCUGCUGCCAACUGGAAGAGAAUUUGGGAUGCUGCGGUCAAUUCCCUCGAUCAACAGAAAUUUCUGCACCUUGGGUAUCCAAAACAUGCAGAAGAGCUUUGGUGGUUAUUGAACGCCACCUUGAAUGCGACCGGUAAUCAAGACAAGACGUUUUCCUAUCUUGAUAAUACUGCAACAGAUGAGCUGGGAAAUCUGAACGAAUUCAUCCAAUGGUGCCAGCGAAGUACGUGA